GAUGAUGGAGAGGGUACGCCAAGCCCAUCACUUCCGAUUGAGCUACAAAAGUCACCGAUUCAAACACCCAGUGAGACAGAGAAUUCACCGCAAGCUCCAUUAAUUUCUACCAACAGAGAGUCAUGCUCACCUGAAGCUGCCAUUAACAAUGACACACAAAAACGGAACCGUGAACAGAUUGGAUCUAACAACAGAGAUUCAAACCCACCUGAAGCUGCUGCCAUUGACAAUGACGCGCCAAGAAUGGUUGAGGAGACGACACAGCUGGUCCUACGGCUGUAG